AUGGUCAAAGAAGAAACCGAUCAACAAACUAUGGAACAAAUUCCCGAGCCAACGAAUUUCAACCGAUUCGUCGAACAAUAUAACUUCACUCCAGAACUGCAGUACCUUAACGAGCUGGCCGAUAUUUUUUACAAGUUAAAAUCAGAGUCAGCAAAAACCAUGGAGGAAGUUAGGCUCACGUAUAAUGAAAUCUCUCAGAAAACGAGUACGGAUAAGCCUCCACACGCGAAACAAGAGGAAAAAAAUGCAAAGUUUUCGGAGCAUAUAAAUAUUGUCCUAGAUAAUGACUUGUUCAACGAUGGAACCUUAAAUCGUAAAGCGCAUGUAACAAGAUUGGCUGAUAAAACUGAUACUCUUAAAGCACGGCAAGAAAUGGACGAUAAAAAUCUAGAUCUUCAAAACUUGAUGCAAGAGAAAGGAUAUUUAAGACGGGAGAUUGCUAAAUGCAGACGAAACGGAUUCAUAUAUCAAAAUAUUCCAUUAAUGGAUGAAAGAGAAUUUGUUUUACAAGCACCCGAGGAAUAUACUUUAGUCCCUAAAACUGAAGAUGGUGUUGAAAAUGAAGAUUCAUUUGCGCAUCAUCGUAUGCUUCAAAGAUUCAAAUAUGAGAUGGCUGAACGCCAAAGGUUGGAGGCGGAGCGUGAUGAAAAACGUGAACGAAAAUUACGACUAACAGAGAAAUUAUCCGAAAAACGAGCUAAAAUUGCAGAGGUUGAUCACGAAGUAGGAAAAUACUUUGCUGCAUCUUCAGCCCUCCAAAGAAUAUUAGGCAUACGAAAUGGUGCUAUUAAUGGUAACAAUAACAGAACUUCACGUUCAGCAUCACGUAGUCCAAUACCACCAUCUACUACUCAUGAAGAUAGCGUCGUUGCUUUAACGAUAAGCGAAACACCAAAUAACUAA